AGUGGUGAGAGAUGACUCCCAAAGUCAGCCUGUACGAGUUGGCAGACCUGUCCAUCGGGACCCCCGAGAGCGGCGUGGUCAACUUCAACGCCCUCCACUCCCUGCUCCACGCCAUCCUGCGGCACCUCAACCUCCAGGACCUCCAGGAAGAGGUGAAGGCAGAGAGGGCCCCCCCAUCCAAGGGAGACCUCCUGAAGGCCGCUCUGGAGAAGGGCCUCGGGGGCAUAGACAGCGAAGAGGCCUGGCAGAAGGAGAAGGAGCGCAAGGCCGCCGAGGGUGUCAGCGAAGAUGUGGACUCCCGCCUAGCCGACUUGGAGAAGAAGCUCUUCCUUGUGGAGGCCAACCUCCUAGGAGUGGAAGACCAGGUCCGCGGCAUCGAAGACCAGUUCCAAGGCGUCCAGACGCAGGUCCAGGGCUUCCAGGACCAGGUGCAAGGGUUCCAGGACCAGGUGCAAGGGGUGCAAGACAAUGUCCAGGGGGUGCAGGAUAAGAUGAAAAGCAUGGGGAAGCAGCUCAAAGGGGUCCAGCAGCACAUCUCCGGCCUGGAGAAGCUCCCUUCUGGGACAGACCUGCUGGAGAAGUCUAAGAGUGGCUCUGGCACCGCUGUGUCAGACAUGUGGCAGAUGAUGCAGAUGCAGAAGAAGGUGGAAGCCAAUGAGGAUGGAAUCAACCAGGCCAUGACUUUGUUACAAGAUCUGUUGGAUGAGACCAGCAACACGAAAGCAACUACAGCCCGCUUAGAGGACGACGUACAGAAAAUCAAGGAUCAUUUAGCCAUGAUAGACACCCGUGACAUGGAUGAUCGACUGAGAACUUGUUUAAGUGACCAGCAGAGUUUGGAUCAUGAUGUGAAAGACAUAGAGAAGAGGCUAAGCCUGUUUCCUUCCCCAGAGGAAAUGAGCAACAUGGUGCGCUGGGAGGUUCUUGAGGAUGUCCUUGUGAAAGGCAAGAGGAGCCCAACUCCUGAGACAAGCCCAGUCUUGCGUUCUCCAACUGGCUCUACCUCCCCGCCAGAAGGCAGAGCCCCUGGAUCUCCAGGAUCACAGCCUGGGGCCCAGAGAAGAGAAGGAACACCAGGCGCACAAGCUGGUUUACCAGGGGCCCCAGGGGCCCCAAGAGGACCAGGUGUCCCCGGAGCCCAACCUGGAGCCCAGCCAGGCAUUGCUGGAACCCAACCAGGAGCUGCUUAUCCUGGGGGCCAACCAGGAGCAGUCCCUGGGGCUUAUCCAGGCUACGUGGGAGCACCAGGGGCCCAGGCAGUUUAUCCUGGAGGCCAGCUUGCAGGUCCGGGAGCACAGGCAGCAUUUCCUGGAGGUCAGCCUGCAGGUCCGGGAGCACAGGCAGCAUUUCCUGGAGGUCAGCCUGCAGGUCCGGGAGCACAGGGAGCAUUUCCUGGAGGUCAGCCUGCAGGUCCUGGGGUUCAGCCUGGGGCCUAUCCAGGAGUACCUGGAGCCCAAGUGCCUUAUCCUGGGGCUCAGCCUGGAGUUUUUGGGGCUCAGCCUGGAGUUCUCGGGGCUCAGCCUGGUGCCCCUGGUGCCCAGCCUGGUGCCCCUGGGGCUCAACCCGGAGCUCCAGGGGCUCAACCUGGGGCUCCUGGAGCCCAACCUACCUACCCUGGAGCUCCUGGAGCCUAUCCUGGGGCACCUGGAGCCUAUCCUGGAGCUCCAGGAAGUUAUGUGGUUUAUCCUGGGGCACCUGGAACCUACCCUGGAGCUCCAGGUGGACAAGCAGCCUAUCCUGGGGCACCUGGAGCUUAUCCUGGGGCCCAGCCAGCCUAUCCUGGGGCACCUGGAGCUUAUCCUGGGGCCCAGCCAGCCUAUCCUGGGGCUCCUGGAGCUCAAGCAGUAUAUCCUGGAGCCCAGCCUGGAGUUCCUGGGGCCGAAGCAGCUUAUCCUGGGGCACCAGGGGCCCAAGCAGCUUAUCCUGGGGCACCAGGGGCACAAGCAGCUUAUCCUGGGGCACAAGCAGCUUAUCCUGGGGCACCUGGAGCCCAAGCAGCUUAUCCCGGGGCACCUGGGGCUCAAGGAGCUUAUCCUGGAGCCCAAGCAGCUUAUCCCGGGGCACCUGGGGCUCAAGGGGCUUAUCCUGGAGCCCAACCUGGAGCAUAUGCAGCUUAUCCUGGGGUACCUGGAGCCCAAGCUGCUUUUCCUGGGGCACCUGGGGCUCAAGGAGCUUAUCCUGGAGCUCAACCUGGGGCCCAUGCAGCUUAUCCUGGGGCACCUGGAGCACAACCUGGGGCCCAUGCAGCUUAUCCUGGGGCACCAGGAGCCCAAGCAGCUUAUCCUGGAGCUCAGCCUGGGGUUCCUGGGGCAGAAGGAUCUUACCCGGGAGACCAACCUGGGGCUCCUGGGGCCCAUGCACCCUAUCCAGGGGCCCCGGGAGCUGAAGUUGCCUAUCCUGGAGGUCCCGGGGUUCAGCCUGGAGAACCUGGAGCUGGGCCCACCUAUCCUGGAAGUCCUGAGACUGAGCAAGGUGUUCCUGGAGCCCAAGGAGUAUAUCCUGGGGCUGACGCUGGGGUUCCUGGGGCACUCGUCCCUCCUGCUUUUUAUCCUGGAGCCCAGCCUGGACCCCCAGGUGCCCAGCCUGGUUUUUUUGGUCAGCCUGCCAUUUAUCCUCCUGGAUAUCAGCCUGGUGAAGUUGGAAUAUCACCUGUAGGGGGUCAGCUUGCUGUGCCACCAGCACCCACUCUUGGUGUUACACCCCCAACAUCUCCAGUAUUGCCUUCCCUGACCCCUGUGCAGUACUCUGAGUCUCCCUCCUCGGGGUCCACUUUGGCCCCAGCCCGCUAUGCUGAGACGGUGGAUGCCUUGCGUGCCCUUGCGCAACUGACAGAACUCUAUUAUGCUCUGAGGGACCAGAUCAACAUGCUGGAUCAGUACAAGUGUGGCCAUGCAGAUCUCCGCAGGCUGCAAGAUUUCCUCACUGAUGCAGUUUUUAAGAAUAUUGCCAUCAUACCACCUGAUCUUCCAGAAAAGCUUGCUACAAUCAAGGCCAUGGAAGAAGAGAUGAAAACAGAGAAAGAGAAGUUAAGGAAGAUUGAAAAUGUACUUGAAGGAGAACUGACAGGACCCGACGCAGAAGAUAAGAUGGAGGCAGCUGGUCAUAUCAACAUGCAGAUAGGUUAUCUCAGAGCUACAGUGCAGGACAUAGAGAAAGAACUCAAAGAGCUGAGAAACAAGCAAGAAGCAGGGAAGCAGUCGUUGGAGCAGUCAGUGACCGACAAUGCUGUUUAUCUCCAGGAACAGUUAGACAAACUUAGGUCUGUCAUGGAGAACAUGAUGUCGUCUUCGUCCACCUUGCUGUCCAUGACCAUGCCCCCGACCCCUGAGCCUGGACUGGGGACGCAUAUCCAGCAGGGAACAUGCGCUGCUUGCAGCUUAGAUGUCAGUGAGAAGGUUAGCCAGCUGUUCAAGCGCUAUGAACAGCUGCAGGACUCCAUCAACAACUUCAUGUUGAGACAGGCAGAAGGCAGGAUGAAGAAACCCAAGCACCGACAGGAUGAGGAAAUGCUGAGCCAGAUCCAAAACACCAUCCUGCAAGUUCAGGAAGACUGCGAGAAGCUGAAUGCCACUACAGGCAACCUCAUAGAAGACCAUCGCCAAAAGCAGAAGGAGAUCGGUCUGCUGUUCAAAUCCCUGGACAAGCUGGAGCAUGAAAAAGCAGACAAAGAACGCUUAGUGAUGGAAAUAGAUGUGAAAGCCGACAAGACUGCCCUUGCUGCAAAGGUCAGCCGCAGCCAAUUUGAUGCCACCACAGAACAACUGCAUAAGAUGAUGCAGGAGCUAUUAAACAAAAUGGCUGGGCAAGAGCAAGAUUGGCAGAAAAUGCUGGACAAACUUUUGAUUGAGAUGGACUCCAAGCUUGACCGUUUGGAACUUGAUCCAUUCAGACAGCAGCUGGAGGAGCGCUGGAAGGAUAUCCGGAAACAGCUCAAGCAGCGGGCGCCACAAGAUGAAGGUGAUGAAGCUGCGGGGAUCAGAAGGAGACUUCUGGCUCAUUUCCACUGCAUUUCUUGUGACCGGCCCUUAGAAAUGGUGGUGCCUGGCCCGCACAUCACAACACUCCCAGCUGUGCCAGGUUUACCUCCGCACCAAUCCCUCCGGCCAUACAUGGUUUAUGAAAUGGAACAAAUCAGGCAGCUAAACCGCAAUCUGAAAUUAGGGCCCGGGGCUCGUUUUGAAGCACUGGAGAAGAGCUCCAGCCUCAGCAAGCUGCGCCGCCUGCAUUCCAAGAUGCUCAUGGACAUCCAGAAGGUUCAGAGCCAUUAUAGCGGAGCACCAAAAGUCAACGCUCAGAUGAUCAGGGAGAUACUGCAGGCCCAGUGUCUUGGCUCGAGCCUGUAUGGCAGACGACUUCCUGAGAUGACAGACUUCAGCUACCUCAGCGUCCCACGGCACUGUGGAGGCAGCCACACCCUCACCUACCCUUACAGGCGUUAUGGCAGGUUUCAGCAGUUGGCACAGUGCGUGCCACCCAUCCAGGCAGACGAAAACGCCAUGCUGGCAAUGAUGAAGCAUGAAGAGGUAGAUAUACUGGGCCUUGAUGGUCAUAUCUACAAAGGGCGGAUGGAUACACAGCUCCCGUCACUAAAGGAUGGAUUUUUAAGGUCGAGGAACAAACUUAUUCGGUCCUCCUCGCAAAGGAAUCAGCCCAUCCUUGCUGAUAUUGCCAGUUACCCAGUUCGUCCUCACUCUGCUAAAAUGUCUUUGCGCAGCCUGUCAGAUAUCCAAAAAUCAAACAUGGGUGGAGCAUUCAAGCAACAUUACCUGCAACCUUGUAAUUUUGCUUAACUCCAUCUCCCUGCACUGAGGAUCUCGCUUUUGUCAAAGACAUUUCUUCAUUGUCUCUGAGACCAUGUCUGCAUCUCAGACAAAUAGGAUUCGUGUGCCAUUGAUAUAAUUGCAAUGAAUUAUGUCAUAGAAUGCAGGAGAAUACUCAUUUUGCAUAACUCUCCCUUCACCCACACUACAAGAGAAGGUGGAGGAGACUCUGCUUCUCAGCCAUUGAGCCCUGUCCCCCUCUCACUCAUCUGCAUCAAGGGGGUUUCUCCCACAACUUCAUCAUCUCCAAGAAUGAAGGAGGACUACAUCUUAUUCUGGAUCUUCAAUGUCACCUUCUGUGUGCAGUCCAGAUGCUUCAGGAUGCCCACUUUUGCUUCCAUCUACCCAUGAUACAGAAAGGUGAUUGAUUUGCCUGGAUUUGAAAGAUGCAUACUUCCACGUCACUAUCUGAUUACCUCACAGAUAAUCUCAGUGUUCUGUACUGGGAAGCAAAGUAUACCAUAUAUGUACCCUUCCUUUCAGUCUCUGCACAGUUCCACUUAUAUUUGCCAAGUGUAUGGCUGUGGUGGAUGCUUGGCUUCAUCAGCAGGGCAUCGUUCUCUUUAUAUAGAUAAUUGAUUAUUGCUUAUACACUUCUACUUUCAUUGGGGCUCAUUUUGAAUUGAGGAGAGUCUCAUCUGCAUCUGUCCCAAUUCAAAGAAGCUCUUAUUAGAUUUUCAAGCCCAGAUCAUGUUGCUCCAAGGAAACAGGUAUUUCUUCUUCCAGAAAGCCACCCUUUGUUGUCUUAUGGACAUUUCUGUCAUUCUAACUGAUAGUAGGAAUAUGAAGCCUAGUAUGUUUAUAAUUCUGAAGCUGUCCACCUAUUUAGUUAAUUCACCAAGAAUUGCUUGGGGGUUGUUUUGAAAGCUAAUGGGAGAUCAUGCAGUUUUGCUAGGAUGCCACAGUUAUGGUGAGAAUGGUUUUGCUCUUCACAUAACUUUUGUUAUGUUGAACAAGCAGCAGCAAAAAAAUAAAUAAAUCAGGAUUUCCUUUUACUGAAAUA